AUGAGGAGGGCAUGCAGGAAAAUAUGGCGAUCAGUGCCUUGCACAAGUGGGAAAAUCUUGCGAACUGACUCUAGGAAGGACAUGGAGGAGAUUCUGAGGGCUAAGCUUUCGACUAUUAAGGAAGAGCCAGAAUUGUGUGAGGAGAAUUUGGCAUCACCAAGACAAGUGCGUUUGGCAAAGAAACAAGGGAAGAAGGGUUUGCCUCCAAAGGCACCUUUACUGCGUAGCUUCAAUGCUAAUCUGAAUCUUCUCACUGUAUUCCAAUAA